UCAGCUCACUUUGCCUCAGAAAGUUGUCUGUAAGAAAGGGCUUGUGUUUUGUCACAAAUCCACCAAUACUGACUGGAUUACAGGCUUCCAAGGACAAAUGGUUUGAAGGCAGCAAUACUUAAAAGAAUGAAAAUUCUUCAGAAGAUGCACUUCCCCCUGUUGAUGCUGUUGUACCUGUUAGGGGCUGCAAAAUCUCAGGUUAAUCCAGGUGUGUGUCGUUACCCUCUUGGAAUGUCUGGUGGACAGAUUCAAGAUGAAGACAUCUCAGCAUCUAGUCAGUGGUCAGAAUCUACAGCAGCUAGAUAUGGCAGACUUGAUUUUGAAGAGGGAGAUGGAGCCUGGUGUCCUGAGAUCCCAGUGGAGCCAGAAAACUUAAAUGAGUUCCUCCAGAUCGACCUGCGGUCUCUGCAUUUUAUAACCUUGGUGGGAACACAGGGGCGGCACGCUGGUGGCAUGGGUAACGAAUUUGCCCAGAUGUACAAGAUCAAGUACAGUCGGGAUGGGAGCCGUUGGAUCUCCUGGAGGAAUCGGCAUGGAAAACAGAUAAUUGAAGGAAAUAAAAAUGCCUAUGAUAUUGUGCUGAAGGACCUGGAGCCUCCCAUCAUUGCAAGAUUUGUGCGAUUCAUGCCCGUGAUGGAUCACUCAAUGAAUGUGUGUAUGAGGGUGGAACUCUACGGAUGUGAAUGGUUAGAUGGCCUGGUGUCUUACAAUGUGCCAGCAGGACAACAGAUGAUCUCACAAGGAAAUCAACUCACCUACCUAAAUGACUCAGUUUACGAUGGGGCAGUGGGAUACAGUAUGACAGAAGGCCUUGGCCAACUGACUGAUGGCAUGUGUGGCCUGGAUGACUUCACUCAGAGCCACAUCUACAACGUCUGGCCUGGCUAUGACUAUGUGGGCUGGACAAACGAGAGCUUCCCCAGUAAUUACGUGGAAAUAAUGUUCGAGUUUGAUCGAAUACGCAAUUUCACAACCAUGAAGGUUCACUGUAACAACAUGUUUGUGAAAAGGGUGAAGACGUUCAAGCGAGUGGACUGUUACUUUCGCUCAGACACCAAUGACUGGGAGCCCAAUCCCCUUUCCUUCAACCCUGUGGUGGACGACGUCAACCCUAGUGCCCGCUUUGUCACCGUGUCUCUUCAGAAUCACAUGGCCAGUGCCAUCAAGUGCCAGUACUACUUUGCUGAUGUCUGGAUGAUGUUCAGUGAAAUUACAUUCCAGUCAGACACUGCAGUUUAUAACACAACAUUAGCACCACCAAACACUCUCCCAGGGACACCAACCAGCACUCAGCCAGGGGAUGACCCAACUCACAAAGUCGAUGACAGUAACACGCGUAUUCUGAUCGGCUGUUUGGUGGCUAUCAUCUUUAUCCUGGUAGCCAUUAUUGUCAUCAUCUUGUGGCGACAGGUCUGGCAGAAGAUGCUGGAGAAGGCUUCUCGCCGGAUGCUGGAUGAUGAACUAACUGCUAGUCUGUCAAUACAGAGUGAAACCUUCACCUAUAACAACAACAACCACUCCUCACCGCCCAGUGAACAGGAAUCCAACUCCACAUAUGAGAGAAUAUUCCCUCUGGGGCCUGACUACCAGGAGCCCUCCCGUCUCAUCAGAAAGCUUCCCGAGUUCUCUCAGUCAAUGGAGGAAGCUGCAGGCACCAGUGGGGCAGCGAAGUCCUCUCAGGCCUGUGCUCAGGAAGGAGUCCCUCAUUAUGCGGAGGCCGACAUUGUAAACCUGCAGGGAGUCACUGGGAGCAACACCUACGCUGUUCCAGCAGUCACCAUGGACCUGCUGUCCGGCAAAGAUGUGGCUGUGGAGGAGUUUCCCCGCAAACGGCUCACUUUCAAAGAGAAACUCGGAGAAGGGCAGUUCGGAGAGGUGCACCUAUGUGAAGCUGAGGACAUGCAGGAGUUCAUGGAUAAGGAUUUUUCUUAUGACAAUACUGCCAACCAACCAGUUCUUGUGGCAGUAAAAAUGCUAAGAGCAGAUGCCAACAAGAAUGCAAGAAAUGAUUUUUUGAAGGAAAUUAAGAUCAUGUCCCGAUUGAAGGACCCAAACAUUAUCCGCCUUUUGGGAGUAUGUAUCUGUAGCGACCCACUCUGCAUGAUCACAGAGUACAUGGAGAACGGGGACCUGAAUCAGUUCUUAUCACGCCAUGAGCCCGAAGGAGAGCUGGCUUUGGUUAGCAAUGCAGCAACCGUAAGCAAUAGCAAUCUGCAUUACAUGGCCACACAGAUUGCCUCAGGCAUGAAGUACCUUUCCUCCCUCAACUUUGUUCAUCGUGACCUAGCAACCCGGAACUGCCUUGUAGGCAAGAACUACACCAUCAAGAUCGCUGACUUUGGGAUGAGCAGGAACCUAUACAGUGGAGACUACUACCGCAUCCAAGGCCGUGCUGUCUUACCCAUUCGAUGGAUGUCAUGGGAAAGUAUACUGCUGGGUAAGUUCACCACGGCCAGUGAUGUAUGGGCAUUUGGUGUGACACUCUGGGAGACCUUCACCUUCUGUAAGGAGCAGCCAUAUUCCCAGCUGUCAGAUGAGCAAGUCAUUGAAAACACUGGGGAGUUUUUCAGGGACCAAAAACGACAGAUCUAUUUGCCCCAGCCUGACAUUUGUCCAGACUCUGUCUACAAGCUGAUGCUAAGCUGCUGGAGGAGAGACACAAAGGAUCGUCCGUCGUUUCAGGAAAUCCAUCACACACUUCUAGAGAAUCAAGUUUAGGAAGCGUUGUACUUAUAGAGACAUUUUAUACCUAAUGGACUCGUUGCAGCCCUCUGGCUGUAUUAUUUUAUUGAGACCUAAUUUGUUUGUGUAGGAAUGGAGAAAGAGGUCAUUGUAGAAUGAUGAUUGAAGGCGAAAAAUAUGUAAUUUUCUAUGAGUGUUGUUUUAUUUGUGUAAAUAUUUCUUUGUUGAGCUUUCACACUCUCUUUUGUGAUGGUUCACAGAGCAAACAAGGUAAAAUGACUCAGAAUUACUUGUCAACUGAAGAAAAAAGCUAAAGGGAUAUGUAGCAGAGAAUCUCAGAGCACUAUUUUUUAUAUUUUUAAAGUGUUGUUCACUUUAAAACUUGUUUUAGACAUAAAGUGUAUUGUAAAGAUAUUUAGAGAGUCCAUUUUAAAGCAUUCCCAAACAGUAUAAUGUUAUCCCAAAAUUUAUAACCAAUCUUAUCAACCAUUACACACGAUCAUUAAAAUAUGUUGUUUUAAAAAAAUGACAUAGUUUUUUUCUAGUUAUAAUAGCUAUAAAGCAAAGUCUUUUAAUCUAAAACUGGCACGUUCUGAUUAUUUUAGAAAAUUGCUUGAAUGUAAAACUUGUGACAGUGCAAUUUAGCCAAACAAUUAACAGUAUAGGUCAUACAAAAUAAGUAGACAAAUGCUAAUAUUUUUAGUUUUUAAAUAACAAAAUGCAUGUUUCUCUCCAGACUGAGACCAAGCAAUCAAAAUGCUGGUGACACUGAUGUAUGAAAUGCUUUUUAAAAAUUAUGUGUGUGACCAUAUACUGUAUUUAGGUAUUUAUAUACAGUAGAUAUUAAAUGCAAUCACAAAUACCAACAUGUAUUAUAUAAAUAUUUAUAUGCAUUACGGUUUUCAUUUUAUGUUUUGCUUUUUUGUAUUUUGCCACAUAAUUCCCCUCAAGAGUAAACAGCAAGUUUAGAUAUACAGCAUAUUUUCCUGAAGGGUAACUGUGCUCUGUGUUUCUAGUGUGCAGUAUAUUUAUUUGGCAUAUUCAUACAAUCGUACCAAAUACUCAUAUUAUUCCAUGGAACCAGUACAGAAAGUGCUUUUCUCAUAAAGUUCAGGUUUUAAAGUUGUAGCUGUUGUUAUUUUUGUGGGAGAAAGUUGUGAGAGUAGGGAAAUAGUGUUUUUACUUGUAUAUAUGACAUUAAUUUGUUCAGAAUUACAUUUCUGACCUCAUCAUCCUGUGGGUCCAAAUUGAACAAACACUAAUCUGAUCAUAUUAUCAAUUAUGCACAGAUUGCAGCUGUGUGUGACUGGAAAAUAUUUUUUUAUGCUGAAGUUGACAUAAGUGAUGAGGAUGGAACUUUUACUGACUUUUGACAUUGGUGUAUCAAUAGCAUACUUAUAGUGCCUUUCAUUUAAGCUAUUUAAUUUCAGAACUGGAAUUCAGUAUUCUUUGUAAAAUAUAUUAUAAUUAUAGUAGAGUGCAUACUGCCCUGACAGCCGUUGUCUUCAAUGUUGGUAGUAUGAAAUUUGACAUAUUUUCAUUUCAAGAAUGUCAUAUUAAAAGUACGUAAAGUACAUUUAAUAAGACUGGAUAAUAUACUCUUUUACAUCUCAAUUUUCUUUUGUUUUCUUUUUGUCUGAUUAAACAGUGUUCAUCAUUGCAAUAUUUGUAGUGAGCUGUAAAUAAUAUGCUGCAAAUGAGAAGUAUGUUUGUAUCUUAUGUUGUUAAUGUCUUCCUAGUAUUGUUCAAAUUGUAUUGUAUUCUUCACAUAAGAAAUUGUGUUCUAUUACCAUUAUGGUGAAUCGCAUUGAUUAUAUGACAUGCUCUCCCAAAAUCAUGCUCUUCCAGCUAUCGUGUAAAGAUUAGUUUUUUGCUUCUAACAAAUUUCAUCUUGCAAAUAGUUUGGACUUUCUGAGGGUAUAUUUUUUAAAUAUAUAAAGAUAUGGAUUGUUUGCUGAUACUCUUUUAAAUUUCUUUUGUUGAGAUUAUCUAUAUCCCUGGAGAGCCUGGUUUGGGGGAAACAGGUCAUGGAUUAAUUUCAAUCACUGCUACCAGCAUUGCUUUUGAAAUGCUGCAGCUUGAAGUUACUAUUACUUGAUGCUAAUUAUAGGUAAUAUUAACAAGUGUUCAACUGAGGAUGAGAAUCUUUGUAUUUCCAAACAGUUGCUGGUUUGUUACUAUAUAAAAUCCCACAACUGAUGUAAAAAAACCCUUUUUUUAAAGUUUCCUAUCCAAAAUAUUCCCCUUAGAAAUAAAAAGAGCACUCAGCACAUGAGACUCAACAAUCCUUUCAUGAAAAGCAUUAUUGAUUAAUGUCAGUCUGAAGAUUUGCUGUGGUUGAGGGAACAGGAUUUGUUGAAAGAGGAAAUGUAAGUUAAAAUACACUGCAAUGAGUAUUGUGGAAAAUUAACUCAAACGUUGUAGAGAGUCUAAAAGAGAACGUGAAUGUGAGAGUUAACCCUUCUGUAUGUGUACCUUCUCCCUUUAAAAGGAAAGUACCAUUUAAGCUAUAGAGUGUUUCUGGUUCACUGGAAAAAUUACUUUCUUUAAUUAAAGAUAUUUUAAAUAUUAACUGUGGCCCUAAAUGUCUACGCACAGUAAAUUUCUGUGUAUAUACUGUAUAAUGCACUUAAAAAGUGCACACAGCAUACAGCACUUAAUAUGUUGAAUUAUCAAAGUUCACCCAAAUCCUAUUUUGCAGUUAUUCAAGAUCAGUUUUUAUUUACUCGGUAGAGAUAUCCUUAAUGUGUUUCAUGUUAAAUGACAUUUUUCAUUUCUUUUUGAAUAAUGUAAUAUGUUAUUGCUAAUUGGAGGAAUAAAAUAUACAUACAAAAAAGCCUAAAGAAAUGUUAGAAUUGAUGUGUAUUAGAAAAUAGGUUUAAAAUAUCAGUGUUUGAGCAACAUACAGAGAUUAAAUUACUACCUUUAGUAAAAUAGACACCUUUGUGUCCUAUCUAUUAUCUUAUUAUCUAUUAUAUGGUUGUUGUUUUUAUGUAAAUUGAUUAUUUAUGCAUUGUUUCAAAUAUAUAUGAUUUCAGUUGGUUACAGUAUGUAUUGAUGGAGUAUCGCUGUACAGUGGGUAUUAGGAGCAUUAAUAUGCCUUUGUUGAAUAUGUGUUUUCUGAAGGUCUUUAUGUUAGUUUCCACUGUUGAUUUCUCUUUUUCAUUACUUAAAAAUAUACAUAAUUUGGUUUAUUUUGUAUCAAUCCAAAUUUGCCAUUUUUAAAA